AUGAUCAGACUGGAGAAACAAACACACAUUGACAACUGUCUCUUAUACCGAAAGCUCGAACACGGUCAGACGUUAGUCUGGAUGUUUGAACCUAUUAUUCACAAUUAUCUCGCCUCUCAGCACCCACCGACACCAGUUCCACUAUAUGAAAUGUAUCAGAAACCUACAAGUUCUGGUACUACCAACGAUAUUUUCACAACUGGUGAGCUGCCGACUCGCCGCGCCAAAUAUCGUAGCCUUCGUACGAGGGAAAUCAUCAUCCAUUCCGAUAACGCCCCUAAUCUGAAAAAUGUCCGGUGGAUUUCCGAAAGUAACACGCUGUUCGACGGAGUAUUAAUCGAUGAAAAUCCGCGCAACAACACUUCUAUAUUGUGGGUAUUUCAAAUCUCAUGUGCGACUCGCCAUGGAAGGUCGGCAAGAGGUGUUCAGAUGUUGAAGGAAUUGAAGAGGUCGUUGAAACCGGUGCCAGCAGAGAUGCGUUACGUGUUACUUAGCAUCGAUGAUAAGCCGUCGCUCGCCGAAUGGACUAUGCCCGACGGCUGGGAGACAGGUCCUGUAUACUGUGCCUAUAUUCCAAUCAGUACUUCUUCCUCUGUAGCCAAAAUUAUUAGGAAACGUAAGGCAAGUCAGUUAUACUAA